GGCUCGAUGAAGCAGUGGAGCCAUCCUUAGCAUGACUCCUCCCACCAGCACUACAGAACCACCAGCGACGUCCUGCCUUCACUGCAACAUACAGUAGAUAUCAAUCUAGCCAUGCCUUCCCCGGCUCCCCCGCGCAGAUGCGUCUUCCCAGGAUGCCAGAACUUAAAGACGCGCGCGGUCUCUUUAUUUAAGUUCCCUAGCAACGACGAGAUGAAGAACAUCUGGAUUGACUUUGUGCAGAAGAGCCAUGUUGAUGGAGAGCUGAAGAUCACCACCAACACCCGCCUCUGCAGUGACCAUUUCACAUCGGAUUGUUUUAAAAACUUCCAAAGGAAACAAUUAGGAUUUACUCACACUCCGUUGUUACUGGCGACCGGAGCUGUCCCCUCCAUCUCCCUCCCCAGCCUUCAUGCUGCCAGCCCAACCACAUCUGGCGCCAUAGCCGGCAGUACGAGCCCACCAGACAGUGGCACCGCUGGCAGUUUCUGUCGAAUUUUGCCUGAUGUAAGACACGCAGCCUCCCAGACUGACCCCCAAGAGGGAAUAUCGGUCGGCCCUCAGCCAUCCACGGAAACUCCGACUGACUCGCCAGGGAAAAGAUCGGUCGGCACACAGCUAUCCAUGAAAACUCUGCAGAAUCGCUUUCGAAGUACAGCUACCCAGGCGAGAGUGCCCAGCAGAGAUUGCGGAGUGUGCACCCUCACCUUCCCCUUGGAUAGUCCACUACUGUUCCUGCAACCAACCAUAGUAAAGAGACCAUCCAAGAGACCUCGCCUCAGCCUUUCAGACGAGGAGGAAGGCCCGUGCAGCCCGUAUAUGGUGGUUCAAGUACCAGACGAUUCAACAUGACUCUGUCACUGUCGUUGGUUAACAUCUGUCUCUUUCUUUUUUAACUGUUUUGGAAGUUUCUUCAUGGAGAGGAGUUGGUGGAUGACAGAUUAGUUAAUAAAUGGAACAUUUAAGACCGCUGAACACUUGAUUAAGGCACCAAGUCCUCAGCUGAUCCAUUGAAACGGUUUAGUAAUUGAUAACUGAACGUCUUUUGAACUAAUAAUCCUGUUUGAUUACUGCUUUAAAGAAAGGGGACAUGUUUGUGGUCUGCCGGGCUGAAGUUUCAAAUGUUAUUGUGUUCUUUUUCUUCUCAGUUCCUCUUCUACAAUUUAUACCACAAUUUAACUUCUACUAAAGCUAGACAGAGGUGGAGAAGAUGUUUGGACCACAUAAUGUCUUCCAAAACCACAAAGAUAGAAAAAAAAA